CAAGUUCGUCCUCCAAGGCAUUGCACCAAGGCUGAUGACAUUGACCUGGCCAUUUCUGAGGUGUCUGAAGAAUCCAGUGAGAAAUGUCACAGAUGGGACAGGUGGUGUUUGAUGGGUCUGCCGCCGAUGGACACGUGGGUGAAAGUGACGAGAACGUGGAGCGAGGCAACUGGUCCUCGAAGACCGAAUACCUGCUCUCAGUGAUCGGCUUUGCUGUGGGUCUGGGCAAUGUCUGGAGAUUCCCUUACCUGGCGUACAAGAACGGAGGAGGUGCAUUUCUUAUUCCCUACUUACUAAUACUGGCGAUGGCUGGGAUGCCGGUAUUUUUCUUGGAAUCGUCCUUUGGGCAGUUUGCCAGCCGUGGACCAAUUGCAGUGUGGAAAGCCGUGCCAAUUUUACAAGUGCCCGACGUGUCCAGCUCCCUCCCAGUGAUGCCGUCACAUGAGCCUUCGGGCAGGUUCCCGAUCCCAUCGAGCUUUCUGGCGUACUCCGACGAGCCUUCAGGCAGUUUACUGGUCCAGCCGAUCAACGUGCCUUUUAGGUUGGCCCCCUACUACCUUUAG